AUGGAGAGUGAAAUUAGUCAUCUGGAGAUUUCUGGAGAUGAAACGACCGAAACAGCAGAUACCCGCGCUGGCUUCAAACCCACCGAGCCCCAAUCGACCGCUGCGACCCCAAGGAAUGCUAGCCUUGAUGGUUUGCCCUCCGAACUCAAGGCAUCGAUCCUUCAUUCUGUGCCGAGCAUUCCUGCUCUGCAGACGCUAGUUCGAUCGUCGCCACUGUAUCACAAGGUCUACCUAGAUGAGCGGAAGGUCAUACUCUCAGCAGUGUUGCUACGCGAUAUUGGACCACAGGUUCUUCCAGACGCUCUGGCGGUCCAUAAAGCUUCUCAAAUUGGGUUCGAUGGAUCCGGUUUGCGCAAGGAUAAUGUGAAAUCUUUCAUUUCACAGUAUAAAGCAGAACGAGGUUCAUCUUCGCCAGCCACGUGCGACCCUCUGGAUAUCGGGACCCUCGAAUCUUUGUCACGCCUCCAAUCUGUGGUCACUAAAAUAGCCUCUGAUUUCUGCGAGGCGACACUAUCUGUUCAUCCAGUAACGGGAGAAAGAAUCCAACCUCACGGAGAUCUCUCUAUCAACGAGAAACGUCGCAUCUACCGAGCUCUGUAUCGUUUCGAGCUGUUCCGGGCCUUGUUCACCAAGCCUCGUGGUAUACAAAUCCCACCAGAAUCUCGACGGUGCUUUUAUUCGAUGGAUCAAAGCUUGCUUUUUCUCUCCAUCUUCACAGCUUGGGAGGUCGAGGAGGUGGCUUGCGUGCGUGACUACAUCAUCAGACGUCAUACAGAGAUUCUCCGGGAGAGUUCCUCUGAACUUUCCAAGCUUUGUCCUAACAAAGAUUUACAUGAUGAAUAUUGGCAAAUACAAAACACAGGAUAUCUCAUGUCCCUCGGUCUCCCGUUUUUAUGCCAAUUGCUCAACGCAUCUUCUGCUGCGCAAAAGGCUUCUAUUCUUGAAUCCAAUAUCUGCUGUGACCGCGCGUUCCUAACAGAAGCAUUUCUCGUCGAUGGCCCAAAUGCCGCCUGGCCCUGGUCGACAAAUCAGAAGGUGGACGUACUUUACUUCCAAGAACACAAGCAACCUUUAAGGAAAUGGGCGUACGUGAUGUGGGACCUUGGCAAGCUGAAAGAUUGGAGGAUAUUGGAUGUUGACCCGGAGCAGCAUUCGGGGACUAGAAAUAGGAGAUCAGAUGGAUUUCGCAAAUUAAUCGACGGCUGGAAUGAGGUGGCUUAAAUAAGGUCUAGUGCGUCAAGAGAAGAAGUCAAUUCCUGGGCUGACGGC